UCACCUACUUAAAGAAUUAAUACAUGCCUGUUUUCCACCUUUAAAAAAAAAACUGUAAUAUUGCUCUCUCCUUUACUAUAUAGCUAUCACAUUCCAGACUGAACAUUUUAUACAGUAUCUCUUACAGAUUUAAAUGUUACACUCCCAUUGCUCAGCAUUAAGUUUCCUGAAAGAGAGAAUUCCAUCCAUUGUAACAUUUCUUACAACUGAGUUAGACAUUAGCAAAGUUCUACUUGAUGUGCAAUGAUUCAAAGGCCUAAAAUCUUCUCCUGUAAACUGAAUAAAAUCGAUUUAUUGCCUUAAAGGAUUUAGGAAGCCACUGGCUGAAGGAAAUAAAUUACUUAAUAUUGCUUAAGGUAGUCGUUUAAACAACUUCCUCAGGUGUGACUUUCUCUAACACCUAACAGAAUUCUCUUUGAUGCAAAUUUUAAUGCUGAGUGGCGUGUGGUAGUAAUAUUUAAGUCUGGGCCCCUUCGUUUUCUGUUAUUUAGGAAUUGUAUGUUCCUUUUUUCUUCUGCAGAUUUUUUCAUUUCAGGAAAAUAAGCAUGUGAGUGGGUGGAGUAAAGGAAAUGCUUAUUUCCUGAAGUGACAUACUGUUUUUUUAGUACUGUACUGUUCUCAUUCCAUAUAUCACGCUUGAAAGUCCUCCAUCUGACUAAGUGACCCGUCUUUUGUGCUUCAAGUUUUGGUCCCUCAAGCUGGUUAAAAUGACAACUGUCCUGCUUCUGAUCAUGCCUGUCCUUCUCUUCUGGGUGCCUACUAUGCACCCAUGUGAAGUGACUAUCAAUCCCAAGGUAAAUAAUGUGAUGUUCGGGGCUUCUUUGAAUUUGACCUGCAUGGUUUCAUGUAGCAGCUACAAUAAACUGAGAUGGGAAGUGGCUCUUCCAUCCGUGACCAAGAAGGGAGAUGGUUGGAUUGAUCUGUACGUUGCUAAUGUAACUGAAUGGACACUUCCAUUGUUAUGCUUGGUUAAUUAUGGAGUCUCUAAUCAAACCUAUGCCAGGACAGAAAUUUUUGUUUACCAAUUCUCUACUCCAGCUAUAUAUCCAGUUUCUGAAGUUGUGAGUGAUCAUUUGGACAAAAUCGUGUGCAACAUCUCUAGCUUGAAGGUGAGCGGCUCCGUCCCAUCUAACAUCAACAUUUCCCUGAGCAGAGGUGGUAGUAUCCUGAACAGUAGCAAUGGAGAACCAUCUGUGGAAUACAACUUUAUGGCUAAUUUAGAGCAGGAUGACGGGGCUGAGAUCCUCUGUGAGGCCAACCUCCUGGUGGGUUCACAAGAGCUGAGAAAAAAUGCAACUCGAAUUUUGAAGGUUGUGGCUAAGCCUUAUAAUGUCAACAUAUCAGCAACUCAUGUGACCUACAAAGUGGAUGCAAACAUUGUGGUGACAUGUGAUGCUAAAGGAAAACCCCAUCCAGAAUUUUCCUGGGAUCUUCCCCCCAAAGCUGAUGUAGAGUUCUCAAACGGCAAUAAGACUGUAACAAUUCGUUCAGCUAAGGAGUUCCAUAAUGGGACUUACCGUUGCCUAGCCCAUAAUGUUUACGGCAAGAAUUCAGCACAGAUUGACAUUGUCUUUGAAGGGAAGUCUCGCAUCUGGGUUAUAGUCCCGGUGAUGACGGUGUUAGUGUUGGGUUUAAUCAUCAUUGUUGGUGUCUGGUACUUUUGCCGAAAAUGACCAUUUUAACAGAGGGCAGAUCGGGAUUCCUUUGUGAUACGGAGGCAGAAUUUCCUGACCAGCCACAGCAGAAACCAGGUUAAGAAGAAAUCUUUGUUCUCAUUCACAAGUCUACACAGCAGCAGGGACAGAAGUUGGAUGAUCUUCUCUAUGGAGCCCGAUCAACAUUCAUCUGCUGAUAGAACCAGAAAAUGUUCCUCUGAGCAACCAAGAGCCUUUGUAGGAACUGGAAUGUGUGCCAAACUAAA